UGGCAGCGCGCAUGCGCAAACUCUAACCGGCUCUUACAGACAGAGAGAGACACUGGACACUCGCGCAGACAUUUCUAAAAGAAUUAAAGCUUAAAGUCUAUAAACAAUCUGGUUAUUAUGGGACUGACCAUUUCAUCGAUUUUCGGGAGACUUUUUGGGAAGAAGCAGAUGAGAAUAUUAAUGGUGGGUCUGGACGCAGCAGGAAAAACCACCAUACUGUACAAACUGAAGCUCGGAGAAAUCGUGACCACGAUCCCGACCAUCGGCUUUAAUGUGGAGACUGUGGAGUACAGGAACAUCUGCUUCACCGUGUGGGACGUCGGCGGUCAGGACAAGAUCCGUCCACUGUGGAGACAUUACUUCCAGAACACUCAGGGUCUGAUCUUCGUGGUGGACAGUAAUGACCGAGAGAGAGUGGCCGAGUCUGCUGAUGAACUCUCCAAAAUGCUACAAGAAGAUGAGCUGAGGGAUGCUGUGCUGCUGGUGUUUGCUAACAAACAGGAUCUGCCCAACGCCAUGCCAGUCAGUGAGCUCACAGAUAAACUGGGCCUGCAGAGUUUGCGUAGCCGAACGUGGUAUGUUCAGGCCACAUGUGCUACACAAGGAACUGGACUCUAUGAAGGACUGGACUGGUUAUCCAAUGAGCUGUCCAAACGCUAGUGCUGUCCAUCACCUCACACACCGAGAGAGAGAGAGAGAGAGAGAGAGAGCACAUGCAUGUGCUGGAGUUUUCAGAACAUUAAUCUAUAGACUCUGUUAUAAAGAGAGAGUGUGUGUGUGUGAGUGCAUGUGUGAGUGUAUGCGUGUGUGUGUGUGAGAUGCAGUGUUGUAGACCCAUGUCAUCACUUUUCUACACUUUAGUCCUUUUCUUUUUGCUUUGUCUGCAUCUUGGUGUUUUACAUGAUGACGCUUUGAAACCUGUUCACUGACCAUUCAGACUCGAUGACCAUCACGACAUUCACAACCUUCACUAUUUAACUACACUGCUGCGUGUUCUCACUCAAAUAUACUCUGAGAGUGACGUCUUUUUUCUUCCCCAAAUAAAAACAGCAGAUGAAUCGAUUGACCUUUGAUUGACAGGUGCCCAGGUGUUUUGAACUCUCCUGUAUUACCUGAGCCCCAGAAGCCCCACCCCUACCUCCAUCUCCAUUUUCCUGAAGAAAACAUGCAGCCUUCUCACGCUCUGUCACAAACUGAAUUAUUAGGAGUUCAUAAAGUGAAAUAAAAUGAGUGUUUUUCAUUCUACUAAUAUUACAGUCUAUCUCUCACACACACACACACACACACAGCCCUUAUAGAAGUGAUUUAUGAGAUGAUGAUGAUGAAAAUGAGCUGGUGUUCUUCCUCUUUGGGGUUAUCAGGUCUGAUCUUUGGUAAAGGUUCUGAAUAGGAUCACAGCGUGAAUGUUUUUUUUGUUUUUAUUCGCUGCUCACCUGUACUUCUGACCAGUUAAAGGUCAAGCGAAUUUCUUCAUUUCAGAAUCAUCCACACAAUAUAGAUAUUUAAUCUGUUCAGAAUCCUGGAUUUCCUUUCUGCAUGCGUUAGAGUUGAAUGGACUUCCUGUCUGUGAGAAACCUUUCUCUUCUCUAAACUCCAGCUGAUCCUGCAGGCUGAACAUCUGGAUCUCUGAGCACUUUUUUACAGGAAUCUGUGUGUUUUCUACAGCGUGUUGGUGUGUUACAGGUGUCCGGUGUGUAUCUGUAAUGUUGACAUGGUGCAGGAGACCACCUCGUCCCUCUGUGACGUGAGUCAGGAAUGACCUGAAGGACGGGACGCGGUGAUGUUUCUCCUCAUCGUGAUUUAGUUUGAAUGUUUAGUUGAAGAUGUUUGUUUCAUGUCUGCUGUAGGAACUUUCCACUGCUUCUUUUCUUAAAAUAAAUUUUUUCCUGAAGCUGUCUCACAUUCUA